AUGAAUGGAGAAGAAGUAAAGAAGCCGUGGAUGAAUCUAAACUACAUACCACCAGUGAUUGUGGAUGGGGAAAAAGUAGUGGAAAUACUGCCUGAGGAUGUAUCUCAAGAUGAUGAGAAAUGGGCUUCAUCACUAGUAGUAUAUGUGGUGAGAAUAACUCCAUCUAUUGGAGCCAUGGAGAGGUGUAUAAUGGGACAAGGAAACUUCUCCACAAAACCUAUAAUAUUAUAUCAUAUAUAUGGCUACUUUGUUGUGAGAUUUGCCAGUGAGGAAGAGAGGGAUAUGGUGAUGUGCUCAGGGACUCACCACUUACUGAGAAGGCCUAUCAUAAUGAAACCAUGGGUUCUGGAGUUCAAUUUCAAGGAGGAGAUUCUUACUACCAUUCCACUAUGGGUCAAGAUACCAAAUCUACCUCUUAAUUAUUGGAAUUCAGUUGUCUUGAGUAAAAUAGGUAGUAGUGUGGGGAAGCCAUUAUAUGCAGAUGAAUGUACAACUCAAACUAGUAGAAUCUCUUUUGCCAGAAUUUUAAUGGAAGUAGAUGUAACUAGACCCCUAACAAAGGUAAUUAAAAUACAGGAUCCAAAAGGAAAAAUAGUGGAGCAGAAAGUUUGGUAUGAAUGGAAACCAAUAUUUUGCCAGAAAUGUCUACAAGUGGGGAACUCAUGUGUGGAUAAACAAGCUGCACCUGUACAGAUCCAGAAGAAGAAUCAUGAGGAGGAUGAAGCAACACAGGGACAAGAAGAAUGGCAUACUAUGAGGUAUAGAGCAUCUAGCAGAAGAGACUCUAGGAACAGUCAAGAUACAAAAGGAGGACAGGGAUCUGAAUCAGGGGUAUUGAUAUAUGAGGAAGGACACACAAGUGGAGAAGGAGGUGGUGGAAUGGAGAUGACAGUUAUACAACCAUAA